UGAUCAGUAGCCUCUAAUUGUACUUAAUUCGGCCUCCAUGUUCAUCCGGCACAUCUUGCUUGCGGCGCUGCCUGCGCUCGCGGCUUCGGUGCGCGUGCGAAGCGCCGCUUACGAGGAGUUCCGCGCUGCAUACGGCCGCGGCAACACCUCAGAUUUUGCCCAGCGCUUGGCCUUCUUCAACUCGAGGGCCGCGAAAGUGGCGGCGGUGAACGGGCGGAAAAAUAGCCCCUGGAAGGCGGCCCUGAACGGCUUAGCGGACCUGAGCGACGCGGAGUUUCGGCGGCUCCUGGGCCACCGCCCAGCCAAGCGCAGCGCCGAGAGCUUCCUGCAGCUGCACAGCGGUGUGAGGCGCUCCGACUUUGGCCACACACGCCUGCGGCAGCUGACUGAUGAGCUGCUGAAGCUGGCAGGGCGGGAGCCCCGAGCACCACUGCCCGGCCUGCCGGUGGCCCUCGACUGGCGGUCGGCGGUGAACGGCAGCGGUCGGAUUCGGGAACAGGGCGCCUGUGGCUCCUGCUGGGCCGCAGCGGCGGCAGGGGCGCUGGAGCUGCACGCUGAGAUCUACGGGAAGAAGGCCCCCCAGGAGCUGUCGGUGAAGCAGCUGCUGGAUUGCGUGGACAACCCCCGGCACUGUGGGGGCAAGGGCGGCUGCAGCGGGGCCAGUGCAGAACUCGCCUUCCAGUAUGUCAGCAAAUAUGGCCUCAGCUCCCACGCAGCCUAUGGGGGCGAUGCUGAGCGGGAGGAUGCGUGCGCGGCCGGCGUGGCUGGGCGGCCUCAUGUCCAGCUGGCAGGCUUCGCGCACCUUCCGAGCAACAAUCUGCACUCGGUCUUGCAGGCCCUCACGCAGAAAGGACCGUUGGUGGUGGGUGUGGAUGCGUCACGCUGGGAUAUCUAUGGCAGCGGGGUCUUUGACGGCUGCGACCAGGAUGCCACGAUCAACCAUGCUGUGCUGCUGGUUGGCUAUGGCCAGGAUCCCUUCUUCGGCCAUCGCUUCUGGCUUAUCCGCAACUCCUGGGGAAAGGGUUGGGGCGAAGAUGGCUACAUGCGGCUGCUACGCCACGAUCAUGACCGGGGCUCCGAAGGCUUCUGUGGCACGGACCAGAACCCGCAGGAGGGCGUGUGGUGCGAGGGGGGUGCCAAGGAGGUGCCCGUCUGCGGCAUGUGCGGCAUCCUGUCAGACGCCACCUAUCCGGAACAUGUCACAAUAGUGCCGGAAUGACGGACGGAGGGCUCAGGAAGCCAAUCGCACGCUGGCAUUUGGCGAGAA